UUUUUCAUUGGAUAUUGUUUAUAAUGGAUUAUAUAAAUAAAUUUUCAACAUCCGUACCUGUUGAAUUUAAUGAAUCUGUUGAAAAUACGAUGCAUAAGAUGCAGGAACAUGCCAGAAAGUACUCAGACAAAAAACCCUACAAAUGGAGCUUAGAGGAUUUUGAAAUUGGAUCGCCAUUAGGGAGAGGAAAGUUUGGCCGUGUAUAUUUAGCCAGGGAGAAGACUACUCAAUAUAUGGUUGCCCUGAAGACAUUAUAUAAAAUUGAAUUGAUGAAAGGACGCGUGGAAAAACAAGUAAUGCGAGAAAUUGAAAUACAAUCACAUUUAAGUCAUCCAAAUAUUCUUCAACUGUUAACAUAUUUUCAUGAUAACAAGAGAAUUUAUCUGGUAUUGGAAUUCGCCGCCAGAGGCGAAUUGUACAAGGAAUUGAAACGUCAACCGAACGAGAGAUUCAAUGAGCACUUAUCUGCCAAAUAUACCUAUCAAGUAGCCGACGCUUUGGAGUAUUGUCACCGUUGCAAUGUGAUUCACAGAGACAUAAAACCUGAGAAUUUACUACUUACAUAUAACGGAGAUAUAAAACUCGCAGAUUUUGGUUGGUCUGUACACGCACCAUCCGCAAAACGAGAAACAUUAUGCGGAACAUUAGAUUAUUUGCCACCAGAAAUGGUAAUGGGACAGAGUUAUGAUUUCUAUGUUGAUCAUUGGUGCUUAGGAAUUCUUUGUUAUGAAUUUCUUACAGGGCAACCGCCUUUUUUAAGUGGCACCACACAAGAAACAUAUGCGAAAAUAAAAACUAUAACUAUACAGUGGCCAAAACAGAUUAAACCUGCAGCCAAAGAUCUUAUAUCCAAGGUACCAUUUGUGUUUUAUAUAUCUCUAUAUCAAAAUAUACAU